GUCUGGAUAUAUAUUGGAUUGAUACAGGAAUAAGUGCCGUUAGUUGUAAAAUGGCAAUUAUUUAUGAAUUAAUUAUCUUACUUAACUUUUAGAUUUAUCAAUAACAUGAUACAUUAAUUAUAAAUGUAAUAUAGUAGUGAUCAUAAAAUACAUGUACUUUGUAUAUUUCCGGGAUGUACAAAUAACAUGUAAAAAUUAUUACACGAUAGUCCUAUAGAACUUUACACAUAUUUUUAACAUAAUUAGUAAAAAAUCCAGGCUUUUUCUUACGGGUAGGUUAGGUUAUUUAAAUAUUAGUUUUCGAUAUUCUACGUACAUUAAAUAUUAUUUAAAUAAUUAAAAAUUAUAAAAAUUAUAAAUUAUUUAAAUGUACCUUUGUAGGAAGUGAGAAUAACAGUGCUUGCUCUUCGGCUUGCAACAGAAAACUAAUUCCAAAAUUGUGAGUCAUUCAAGUGUGUUCGUUUUUGUUCGCAACUUUUUGAUAACUUGAAGUUCGGAAGUUACUGAAAAAUAUUAUUUAUAUAUAUGGACAUAAAGCACAACUUGAAGUUUGAUGUUUGACAAAUAGUAAUGGGAAUGCAUUAUUAAAGAAUGAUUUUUUAAAAAACUAUCAAUGAGAGUUACGUGUAUUUGUUAGAAAAACAAGUUUCUUAAUUGAAAUGUAUUCACUAUUGGUAUUUAUUAAGAUUAUAAAUUUUCUUAGGUUGUAUUCUAAUUACGCAGAUACACACUUUUACAUUAAUAGGUUAUUCUCUCUGCUAAAUAAUUGGCAAUGAAAAUGAGGAAACUAUUUUAUUUCAUAUUUCAUUUCAAAAAGAUCAUAGGUUUGUCACGAAAAAUAUUAAUUAGAGCCUAUAUACAUAUAACAGCCUAAUAUACAUAACGCUUAAUUAUUCACAGUACAUAGUGUAAUUUAUUAACUCAUAAAUCGUAAGGAUAUGGCUUUUUUCCAAUUGGUAAUAAAAGCCCAUCGCCUUGAAAAACUUCGUCGUAAAUACGAGGAAGAAAAAUUGGAAUCGAUCGAGGUCUCAAAGGGUGCCAAGCAUUUGACUUGGAGGCAAAAAUUUCGUCAUAAGAAAUUGCGAUGUAAAAGAAAAGUGAAAAACUUUUGGAGAAAGAUAACCAGCUUCCCAGAAGAUUCCUGGCUUCAUAAAAAAGCAGUUCUUUUACGUACCGAUGGUACCUUUGAAAAUUAUAUUUUAAAAAGUAUUUUUGGAUUUAUUGGAGGCGUUAUUCUCACUUAUAUAUUCUUUAUGUUCUUCGUUAUACAAUUAAAUUUCUCGCUUACAUCGGCAACUUUCUUGUGCUCGAUUAUUGGAGUAAUAUUGACUUUGGGUUUAUCAUUUUCCUACGGGGUUAGAUGCGUCGUAUUUUUAUUAUUACCACAGUUCUUUUCUAAACGUGGUCGGCAAGCUUUAAUUGCCUAUGCUUUUAUAUUGACUCUUACUGGACCAGCAAAAAAUACACUAAGAAAUAUAAAUGUACUUACGGAAUCUUUGGCUUGUGGUCAGGAAAUGUUGAAGGCAGCUGUUAAAAGCGUUUUGGAUUUGAUAAAGGAACCGUUUUAUGCGUUGAAAGAAGCGAUCAUGAAAGUAACCAAAGCAGUGAGAAUUAUCGUAUCAAAAAUCAAACAAACUUUUAUUGCUAUAAAAAGAAUUGUUCUUGGUAUAGUCAGAGUAAUAACCGCAGUUUUUCAAUGGCUUGGAAGUAUUAUAAGUAUAUGCAAUAAAAAGUUAGGCACGCCUUUUGAAAGAUGUCAAAGAGUAUUCGAAGGUGCCGUUGCCGAUUGUAGAGCUAAACUUGGUCCGAUUUUUGGUGGGAUUUGUGAUUUGACGUAUAUCGUAAGUGCUCUUUGUUGGGUAGUUAAACCAUUGGAUUUUAUAUGCAUGCUGGUUUCAUACGUUGCUGACGUCAUAGUCGGCGCUGUAAAGAAAAAAAUUCGAAGAUUCACCAGACACAUGAAGACUAUGUUCUACGUAAAAAUCAAGUUUUCACAUUCUUUUCAUUUCGAAAUGAACAAAACUCAAACUAUACACGAUAUUGCUACGAAUAUUUCUGCUGAGAUCAGAUCAAGGACUAAUAGAUUUAUAGCGGUUUUCGAUUGGGUGAAUUGUCUAACAGCUUUCUUUAUAUUUUUCAUGUUGCUGAGAGUUUUACAUUAUCGACACAAAUGGUUAACGAGCGAGAGAUAUAACAACAGAUAUAUUACCAAUAAUAUUCGUACAAUCGAUCUGAUAAGAGCGCGACAGGACAAAGAAACGAUUUUGCCGUUGAAUCAUCGCGAAAGAAAUCGUUAUGUAUCAUUGUCGUCGGUCAAAUUAAUUAAAACUGAGAGGGUCAAGUUAGCAAAAUCAGCGACGUUUUUGAGCUUGACUUCGGUCAAAAUUUGUAUUUAUAUAAUAAUGGAUUAUAGCCUUUAUUGGAUACUCGAUACUAUCAGAUAUCACGGACGAAUACAAACGCAGAUCGAUCAGCCAAACUCCGUUGGUAUAUACGUUUCAGGAACUGGUUUUCUCGCAGAACUUUACAGAAGUAUUAUAAAGGCAUUUACUCCGCACGUUAAAGACAUCGAAAUCAAUACGGUCCCAUGUCUCCCAGAUCCAAUACCUCCAAGUUUCGAUGGAUAUAUAAGAAUCCUAACUCUGAUCAUUUUAUGUUGGAUGAUGAUAAUCUUCGAACCCUAUAGUUUUCGACUGAGAGAAGUUGUGAUGUGUCAGUAUUAUCCCGAUAGAGCGAAGCAAAGAGCAGCGUGGCUUUACAAUCAUAUAAUGCGUUCGAGAGGAAGUUUCGUUAAAUUCGCGAGACGGCAGUUACGUCGAAAAUUUGGUAUCAAUGGAGAAACUAUAGAAAGGGUUACUUUCAAGCAACGUGUAAUGGCUGUCUUUCCUUUUUUAAACAAAUUAUUCCCGCAAAAGGAACAAGCUUGUAUUUUGUGCGGUGCCGUUCAACGCGAUGAUAUUAAUCCACAUAUUAAAUGUCCGACACCAGAUUGCGUUGGAUUAUUUUGCUUGCAGUGUUUCGCAGAUUUACAGAAUACCUGUACGAUUUGUCGAUCGCCUCUGGAAUACGGAGAUUUGUCGGAUAUGAGCGAAGAAAUAGAUUCCUCCGACGAUCAAUUACGAAUUGUUCACGAAAAAAGAUUAAAAUUGGCCGAAGCUGAAAGAAGAAGGAGGGAAAGAGAGAAAAUAGAUAUUAAAGAAAUUUCGAAGAAGCGAGAGGAAGCGAAAAUCGAGAAAUCGUUCGAAACGAUCGAUAUAGAAGAGGAAUCGGAUGAACAGGAGUUCGAAGAGUACGAAGAGAGUAGUUCUACAUCGGUUUACAGUUAUAGCUAUCAAGAUGAUUUAACGCGGGAACCGGAGAUUUAUGAACGAAAACUUCCAUUCAAGGAUCUUGAAGCUCAAAAACUACGAGAUGAUGUUACUAUUCAGAUAUUCAACGAGCCAAUUGCAAGAAGCAUAAUGUUAAGCAGUGAUACAACGCCGUCUUGUUUCGUCGUUAGAGCACAUAGAAAAGUUCGUAGCAGGUUAAAAAAGAAGUCUCGUUCGUCGUUUUCUCAUAAAUAUUGUUAUUCGUCGACGUCGAUAAUAGACUCGGAUUAUUGGCCAAGUGAUGAAGUAAACGAGGACGAAGUGAUACAUAUAGAAGUCAAUGAUGGCUCGAAGGAGUUGCUUAUAAAGGAUAAGUGCGAAGAUGGGAAAAGUUAUAGCCGCGUAAGACGAAUUAUGGCAGCUCUACUAAGAAUUCCUUGGAUCGGUAGACGUGGAAGAAAAGGAUUACAACCAAGGAGACCAUCUUUGAUAAAACGAGUCGUUAAAAUGCUGAACGUAAGAAGAUCUAAAUCGCCUGUACGAACGUACAGACGCAUAAGAACUAAGAGAAGUGACGUCGAAGAUAUAUCAAUAUCAUCGUCGCCAUCUUCGUUCAGUAACGACGAUGAUAACGAUGGAUCACGUUUAAUAUGCAAACAUCGAUCGACAAAGGAUAGUCUCAGACCUAGAAGAACUCGGUGCCGUGUAGACUGGGAAGAUCCUGAAGAUAUCAUUCGUGCUAAGGAUUAUAAAGAACGCAAAAUUAUUUGUCCUGCAAAAGUAGAUGAUACCAAUUGGCAAUAUCCUUGUGAAAAGAAAUUUGUUACAAAGGAUUUACCGAGACACUUGGAAACAAUUUCGAAGUAUACGUCUUAUCAUGAAAUCGAUGAAACUGCGGAUUCACAACCAUCGUAUAGAUGCGUUCGUAAGGGAGACGAUAUAAAUAUAUUAUCAGACGCGAAAACGUCAUCGACUUGUCAAAGAACGGCUACUUGGAACAUCGUUGGUGAAGAUGAAUCACAAAAUUUUAAUCCUCCACGAUUUGAACGUAAAUGCGUGAGAGUAGGAGUGAUCAAGAAUGAUCAAGAUUCAAUGACGAUAUCAGAAAAAACUGAGAAAGUUCCAGUGCAUAAAGAAGAGAGUGAUACGAACGAUCAAAUUAGAGUGGACGAUAAAGAAAAAAGGAAGAAAGGAGUUGCAAAAUCGGAGGAUCGGAAAAAAGUAAAAGGAUUACAAUUAUACGAUACAUUGGCAGGUCUAGAAUUGUAUGGAACUAAAGACGAGAGAAGAAAACCAGAUAAAAGAAAAACUGCUAUUCAUCCUCGAGAAAAAACUGUUGAUAAAGUUGACGUAGGAACUGAUUCACGAGACCAAAGUAGAGCUAUGCAGACGAAGCUGGUAAAAUGUCGGCCAGAUAAAAAAGACGAACGAAAGAAAUGCCAAAAGUCGAAAGAAAUUUGUUGCACAGUGGCCAGACCUACCGAAUCGAAGGAACGACGAUGGAAAAAGUGUAUAGAAGAAUAUAAAAAACAUAAAAGGCACAAAAAGAAACGUCCAAGCGAUUUUGAGAUUAAAUGUUAUCGAAAGAAACGCAGCUUUAAAGAUACAUUAAUGAUGUUGGAUAAACUAUAUGCGAAAAGAAAAGAUUGCAAGAAGGAUAGAACGAAGCGUAAAUACACUUGCGACGAAUCACACCAAUUUCCUGAAGAUGAAAGAAGAGGUUACGUUCAUGAAAGCCUUUAUCCAAAAGAAAAUCAAAGACAAUUAAUUUCUGGUUUCAUACCCAUAAUGUAUCCCGAACAUAUGCAAACUUGCAAACCCUUUCACGAUUUCUACGAGAGAGAUCGUGAAAGGAUAUCAAAGCAGGAAGAAACUAGCGACGUUGGAUCAAUUUUUCAGCAAUACAGUUCACGAGUUUGUCAACGUGAACCACACGUCGAUAGAUUGCGAUAUUUUGACGAAGAAUGUUACGGUAGUUGUCAACAUGAAGAUGAUCAAACCGAUGUCAGCAGUCAUCGAGAAUAUUAUUCAGACGAUAAUGAUGAAGAUAUUACUACGUGUACGGACAAUAAAAACAGUUCUUCGGAAAGCUUAUCCUCAAGUUUUGAAAGAAGUAGAGAAGAUGCGUGUCGUUAUAAAGAAAAUAUUCAUUACACCGAGAAAUCCCGAGAAAGCUUUCAACCUCCUAUGCUGAGAAAAUAUUUACCUAUGUAUCAAAGAUCAGAAUUGAUCGAAGAAUUGAAGGAACACGAUAGAAUGAGAUUAAUAAGGGAAAAAGAAGCUGUAAGAUGUGUUACAUCGAAUCCCUUAGACUCUAGGAAGCUAUCGUUCGCCGCUAAGAUGCAGGAAAGCCAAACUUUGAGCGAAACUUUUGUGGAUUGUGAUCGUGAAAAACCACAAAAUCCAUUAACACAAGCGGCAAGAAACGAAAAACUUCCUUAUCAAGAGACCAAAGCAUUCAAAGAAGUAACAAAGGAAUUUCGUAAACGAACUCUCUGCACAAAGAGGGAUGAAAAUGUUCGAGAAACCGAACCUUUGAUCUCACAAUCUAGAAAUGCUGAUAAAUCUAAAGAAGUCAAGCAAUUGUUUCCUCCCAAUCAAAAAAAUCGGAAAUCCAACUUCGUUUCUAAUAUCACCAACAGAAUAAUGAAUGCAUUUAAAUCAACGCAUCGCAAAAAAGGUGCGAAGAAAAGUUCACAAGUUCGUGAAAUGUCUUCGACUGUUUACGAGCAACCGUGUAGAAGACAUUUAUCUGACGUUUCAUUCUCGGCAGAUGACACAACGGAUAACAACGAUGAGACUUGGUAAAAUCGCAAGCACAAUUGCAAUAAUAAAAUUCGUAGCGAAAACAACAACAAAAAUCGAACGAUGUUAACGAUACCGAUAAUGAAGAUAGUAAAUGGCCAUCAAAAUCUUUAAAAUUGAACAAAAUAUUUACAUGUAACAAGGGGGAAUAUAUACAAAAUGCAAUGGAGAAAGA